AUGGCUGAUACAUACAAAGACGUACCUGUCCGCAAUGUGGACAUCUCGUCCCCUUUCUGGGCCCAUAUGCGAGAAUGUUCACGACAGAAGACAAUUCCCGCUAUCAUCAAAGCGCAAAAGCUUUCAGGCCACUGGCAGUGCCUGACAUGGAAGGAGGGCCAUGAUGCCGAAAUCCAUCCCUUCUGGGACAGCGACAUAUACAAGACGACUGAAGCAGCCUGCUACCAACUCAUGACCAAGGAUGAUCCAACAAUGAGAGCCAAUGUGGAGGAAGCUGUCGAUAUGAUCAGAGCAGCUCAGCAUCCCGACGGCUAUAUCAACUCCUAUUAUACCGUCAACGGCAUCCAAAAUCGAUGGACCAAUCUGCGGGAUAUGCAUGAGUUGUACUGCUUGGGUCACUUGUUCGAAUGUUGCGUCGCCUACGAGACUUUGACCGGUAGUGGUCGACUCCUUGAACCUGUCAUGAAAGCUGUUCGACACAUCGACUCGGUUUUUGGCACGGAAUCCGGUAAGAAGCGAGGCUAUCCUGGUCACCAGGAGAUCGAGAUCGGCCUCCUCAGGCUUUACGAAAUGACUGGCGAUCCUCUACUGCUCAAGGUUGCGAGCUAUUUCAUCCAUGAACGAGGAACCCGGGAUAGCAACGGAGAGACCUACUUCGACCACGAAGCCAAGGCUCGUGGGGAAGAAUAUAAGCACCAUUUCCAUAUGAAACCCUGGUACCGGUUCCCUCGAGACUACGCUUAUCAACAGGCCGAUUGCCCGUUGACCGAGGCGACCGAAGUUCAGGGCCAUGCCGUUAGAGCAAUGUAUUACUUCAUUGCUGCUACGGACCUCUUCCGCCUCAAAGGCGAGAAAGAUAUCAAGACCGCUCUGGACCGCAUGUGGAGAGAUCUUGUCGACACAAAACUCUACGUUACCGGGGGCAUUGGAUCUAUUCGACAAUGGGAAGGGUUUGGCCCUCGAUACUUUCUUGGAGAUACCGAAGAGGGGGGUAUAUGUUAUUCGGAGACAUGUGCAUGCUUCGCGUUGAUUAUGUGGUGUCAGAGGAUGCUGCGAUUGGAUUUGCGUGCUGAAUACGCAGAAGUCAUGGAAGUCGGCCUUUACAACGGAUUUCUCGGAGCUGUCAACGGAGUUGGAGACGCAUUCUAUUACGAGGACGUACUGCGUACCUUUACAGGUCGUCCCAAGGAACGCAGUCGAUGGUUCGAGGUCGCUUGCUGUCCGCCGAAUGUUGCCAAGUUACUGGGCUGUAUGGGCUCUCUCAUAUACUCGUUCAAGGACGAUAUGGUGGCAAUCCACCUCUACAUCGAAAGCACAUUGCGUGUGCCGGACACCGACAUUGUCAUCACGCAGAAGAGCAACCUGCCGUGGUCAGGUGACGUCGAAAUCAAAGUUCAGGGCACGACGGCUUUGGCUCUGAGGAUCCCUUCAUGGGCUGACGACUACAAAUGCUCCGUCUCAGGUGAAGUCCGCAAUGGUUAUCUAUACCUUCCAGCAUCGAAAGAUGCGGAGGUAAAGUUGACGUUCACGAUGAAACCAAGGAAGGUCUUUGCCAAUCCGAAGACCGGAAAGAACGAGGUAUGCAUCAUGCGCGGGCCAUUGGUGUACUGCAUUGAAGAUGCAGACAACGACGUUGACGUUGACAAUGUGUUUCUGACUCCAAGUUCUUUCAAGGAAGGGAAAGCGACCAGCAUUGCUUCUGUACAAGACGUUGUGCCAGUCAUUGCCCGAGGCAAGGAGAUCACGAACGCCAACAGUGUGCCGCUGUAUGGACAGCAACCAUGGGAAUAUGGCGACGAGAAAGAGUUGGUAUUCAUACCAUACUUCCUGCGAGCGAACCGUGGUGGGAAAGGAGGAAUGAGGGUAUGGUGUCCGAAGCUUUCAUAG